AUGUCAUCCUUCUUAAGUAUCGCGGAGGGCCUCGCCACCCCAGGGCAGCUUAUAGACCGAAAGGCUCUUCAACUUCACAGCAUCCCAAGCCUCGGUGGCUUGAGUACCUACCUCUGGCCAGCGACGCGCAGCUGGUCCAACGAGAGAGCGAAUAGUGACGAAGAGCGGCCUCACAAUCCUCUGUGGAAGGCAGAAUUUGUCGCUCUGGCCUGUGACAAGUGGUGGAAUUCUCAACAGCCAAAUUCGGACGCAUCCGUGACCAUUCUGUACCAUUGCGUGAAGCUCCUCAUUCACGCGGACAUUGAGCUGCUGGUGGGAUAUUUCAGGCAUUCCCUAGGGAAGGAGCAGCACUCCCGCUUCCAGCUGCAGGAGUUCCCGUCAGUUCGAGCAUGGCUUGAUAGCCACAAUGCGGCUAUUGCCACUUGGCAUGCCGACUCCCUACUUUCCGCGGCUGAAGGGUUUCGCUGCCAGGAGAGGAGUACCAACGACGACAUGUCACCUGGGGUAGGCGACGGGCGGACCGAGCCGGAGGUGGAUCCUGAGUCUCCUCAUAUACCAUAUGCUAUUUACUAUGCGACGUUGGUGCUUUGGGCUCGUCAAGUGACCCGACGCGACAACGACGCGGGAUUGACGGGCAUCGCGCAGCUAGCCCAGGGCCAGCGGCUCCUUCGAAGGUUCGCCCUGGUUGGACAACAGCACCACGCAACCGCUGGCAGCGACGCCAAAAGCCAGCCUCUACACUUCCUUGUCAUUGGUGCUGGUCUCGGAGGGCUAACCGCCGCUAUUGCAUUGAGAAGGGCCGGGCAACGUGUUACGGUUUUUGAGCAGUCUCGACUUGCGAGCGAAUAUGGGGCUGCUAUCAAUGUGCCACCUAAUGCGAAUGGCAUUUUACUUCACCUUGGAGUCGAUGUUGCUGCUGCUGGAGCGGUGGAGCUGAAAAUGGCAACAACCUCCCCCAGUGGCGCUGGGCGCCCAGCGGAACUGAGAGUAGCCUCACGCGUCGCUGACUUGGACCCUCAACAAGCUACAAUCACUCUUGCUGAUGGAACAGUGGUCGCAGGCGAUGUGAUAGUUGGUGCGGACGGGAUUCAUUCCACGACGCGGGGAAAACUGACAUCUGUCCGGCCUGAACCCUCCGGCAAGAGCGCCUUUCGUUUCUUACUCAACCGUGCAGACGUUAUACAGCACCCGAAAAUCGACCCUGCGAUGAUUAAAGACGGGGAGCUUAUUUUCUGGUUCCAUGCGGACAGGCGAAUUGUCGUGUACCCGACAAGAAACAAUGACAUUUGGAACUUUGUAUGCAUCCAUCCCGAUCGCAGCUGGGAAAAUGACGACAGCAGUUGGAACCGCACCGGCUCCCAAGAGGAUCUUCUUCGAGAAUACGAGGGAUUCGACGAGCGCGCUUUGACACUAUUGCGAAUGGCAGACCCGUCGAUGCUCAAGGUGUGGCGGCUCAUGGACAUGGACACUGUCGAGGACUGGUGCAGCGGCAGAUUCUGUCUACUUGGCGACGCUGCCCACCCCUUCCUCCCGCACCAAGGCCAAGGGGCGGCACAAGCAAUGGAGGAUGCGGCGUCGCUUGGCGUCGUCUUCCCGGCCGGUACUCCCGCGUCCGAGGUGCCGGCACGACUGAAGCUGUAUCAGCAGUGCCGCAAGGUGAGAGCGGUGACGGUUCAGGAGUUGACGCGGCAGGCCGGCGCGGACAUUCGCGGCUCCGAGGCGGCCAAGAAGUUAGACCACAUGCGAGAGCUCAUCCAGCGCAACUGCGGCUACGACGAGCACCACAAUUCAAUCCACCAGCUGCGCAUCUGGGAAGACAGCAACAGACCAAAGCGUUGGCGCAUGCCUCUGUCGUUCGGGCCCGCGUCCGGUCCACGCCAGUCUCUCGGCCCUCGCCGCUGGUCCAGCAUGGGAUCGAGUUUCACUUCGCGCACAAUAAGAUUCAAGACCUCACGCACGUUGCUCCGGAAUCUGCUCCCAAGCACCUCCUUCUUCUUUCUGUCGCCGGAUAGCGUCGCGUACGCAUCGUAUGUCCACACCUCGUUGCGGAACCUGGACUGGCUUGGCGGCAGGGGCUACGACUACAUUGCAUUGCUGCUGCACGGUGUCGCGUACCGGAAGAAGGACGGCUCUACUGUCCCGGGGUCCUUUGUGAGCGUCAUGUGGGAGAAUUUGACGGACCCUAUCCUUACCGGACGAGAAGAACUGGGCUGUCCCAAGCUAUUUUGCGACAUCAGAACGGAGCACAAUGCCAACAACUGCCUGACCGAGGCGAGCUGGGCAGGAGGAGCGCCAUUUCUCAAGAUGCAGAUGGAGGGCAUAAGAGAGACCAACAUCGCCGAAGCGGCCGAUGACGGUGCGCUGUUGUUUUACAAGUACAUUCCCGCCACGGGAAGGCCCGGUGUUGCAGACGUCGAGUACCCUGUCUGCGCCCCAACCCGAAUUUGCCAGACCGUCAACCAUGUCCAGACAGCGCAGACGGCAAACAUCAUACUUGAUCCGCUCGAUGAAGAAACACUACCCACCCUACAUCAUAUUGUGGAUAGGUUGGCGGAAAUCCCCUUCUUUGAAGUGGCUGAGGCAACUGUUGCCGAGGGUGUCGUUGUGAAUGACAUGUCGACAGCCUAUAGAAUAGAGUAG